AAUUGGGAAAUGUAUAAUUAGGUUUGACAUUGACAAAAUUAUUUAGGGUGUAUGAGGAAAAAAAUACUUGACAGUUGACUUAUUUGAAUCACAAAAAAUGAGUGCAACAAGUAUCCAGAAAGCAGAUAUUGAUAACAAACUUGAAAGGGAAAAGAACAAUUUGCUGAAUCUAAAUGAGGCCCUAAACAAAAGCAACACAAACACAACCAACAUGUUGACUAUUCUACAAAGUUUUGAAAACCGACUCCGGAAAUUGGAAAACACCGUAGAACCUGUGUACAAUGAGACUGAGAUGUUGAGGAGAAGACAAGAAAAUAUUGAAAAGACAAUGGUGACUUUGGAUAAUGUAUUGGGAUAUUAUCAUGUCGGCAAAGAAGUGGAAGAAUUCAUUAAAGAAGGACCCCACAAUUGUGGUCUAGAAAAAUAUUUAUCGAUUAUGGACAGACUUGUUCAGGCUCAUAACUACUUCAACAAACACAACCCAACCAGCCUGGAACUCACAGAUGUGAUCCGUGUGUAUGAUGAUGGAAAAGAGGCAUUAGUUAUAGAGUUCCGAACCUUGCUGGGCAGACAUUGUAGGCCUGUGCCCCCCGUCAUGGUACUGGACAUGAUUUCAACUGAUGAGGAACUUCAAGGUUCAGAUGAUAUUCAGUUGGAACACUUGCCAGAGAAAAUUCUGACUGAGCUCAGUCUGAUCUCCACGUGGCUAUUCAAUAACACGAAGAACACAGAGUAUAUGAAGGACUACACCAGAUCACGCUCCUCCAUGCUCAUCAAAUCUCUACAGGGAUUAAAAGAUCACAUGAAGACAUCAACAGGAAACAGUUCAAUCUCUCUGUUCUCUAUGGCCAAUUCACCAGCUGCUGGGGGUAAAGGAAAAACGUCCAAGGAUACGCCAGCCCGGAAGAGUGUCAGAAAAAUGGCUGAAGCAAUUAAAAGGCAUCUCAGUCAUUCCUUUAAACGACGGGCAGUCAUAACACUGAUGCAAUCCCCUUUUGACCCUGGAAACAAAAGACAGGGUUCUCAUGCUGAGUUACCAAAGGAAGAAAAUCUGGAUGUUGAAGUGGACAUUUACAUCACUGAGUUGUCUGCCCUUCUUAAACUUAUACAGAGUGAAGCUCAGUUGAUGUCGGGAAUAAUUGCUGACAAGCACCACAGAAGUGUGUUUGAUAACAUUAUUCAGGAAGGUUUGGACUCUGUCAUAAAAAAUGGAGAGUUGCUGGCAGUUAAUGCCAAGAAAAGCAUCGCCAAGCAUGACUUCAUCAACGUCCUGUCUGUGUUCCCAGUUCUCAAACAUCUAAGGUCCAUCAAACCAGAAUUUGAUUUGACUCUAGAGGGAUGUGCCACACCUACAAGGGCCAAACUGACUUCCCUGUUGUCAACACUAGGCAGUACUGCUGCCAAAGCUUUAGAAGAAUUUGCUCUUAGCAUAAAGACUGAUCCAGAGAAGGCAUCCAUGCCAAAGGAUGGAACAGUGCAUGAAUUAACCAACAGGACCAUCAUUUUCUUGGAGCCUCUACAAGAUUAUGCAGACACAGCCGGUGCCAUGUUACUUCUUCACGGAGAACAGGCAGCUCCCUCCGAGGCUGUGGACCCCAAGAAGAGUAAAAUGAGACUGGCAGAUUAUAUCACUAAAACCUUGUCAGCGCUGGGUCUGAACUUGACCAUAAAGGCGGAGACUUACAGUGACCCGACCUUGCGACCAGUCUUUAUGCUGAAUAAUUAUCACUACAUACUAAAGUCACUCAAAAGAUCUGGUUUAUUGGAUCUCAUCCAUACUUGGAAUAAAGAUGUAGGACAAUUCUAUGAGGACCGAAUUAACGAACAGAAAAAGCUUUACUCAGAGAGUUGGAGCCGAGUGAUGCAUUAUAUUACAGAAGUUCAUGAACCAAUAUCUCAGCAGAGAAUCCAGGCCAUGGAAAACAGCAAGCUGAAAGACAAGGAAAAACAGAAUAUCAAAGAUAAGUUUUCUGGAUUCAACAAGGAGUUGGAAGACAUUCUCAAAAUUCAGAAAGGAUAUGCUAUUCCAGAUCCAGAAUUACGUGAACAAAUGAAAAAGGACAACAAAGACUUUAUCAUUCCUGCUUUCAGAAUGUUUUUGGACAAAUUUAAACGGCUGAAUUUUACCAAAAAUCCAGAGAAAUACAUUAAAUACUCUGUGCAAGAUGUAGCUGAAGUGGUCGACAAACUAUUUGAUAUGUCUGCUUGAUAUUGAUAUUCUAUUAUUUCUGUAAAUGUGAUUGCUUAUUAAUUUAAAAGAAACUCAUUUAUAGUUUGAAAAGAAGUUUUAACUUAGCUUAAUGAGCUUAACUUGUUUUUCUUCAACUUUUUAAACUUAAUGUUCAGAGAAAUGGACACUUUCGUUUUCAUAUAUAUGUUGAUGCAUCUGAGAUCAAAAUGAACUGACUUUUGAAAAUGCCUCUAAGAAUGACAUGGAUAUUGUAUGUAAAAUGCAUAUUCUAGUUUAGGAUCAGAAUUAAGCUCCUCUACUUUUGUCCAGUGACAUAAAUAGCUUGACAAUCAAAUAUGUUAAGGACAGAAUUCAUUUCUCCCAGAAUUUAGGCUUCUAGUCAAUAAUAUAUGUUAAGUUCAAUUUGUUGGAUAUUUAAAUUUGUAAUUCAAUUGAAUUAUCUAUAUGGUGGAAGAGUCUCAUCACAAGGAGAUAAUUUUGCACACAUGUAUUUGUUUAUUUUUGUUAUAUGUAAUGUAUUUGUGCAAUACUUUGAAUAUCAUUAAAAACCUAUUAUUGUUCUACCGUAAAUAAAA